AUGGAUUCAAAGGUUCUGAUCGACGGAAAAAUGAACACAUACCUGAUAAAAGGACUCACCCCCCUCACAGACUACGAAGUCCUGCUCGCUGCGAUCUAUAAGAACGAGGUAGAGAGUGACGAGGUGGUCCUCGUAGAGUCCACCGUUGAAAUAUUGACCACCAUUGCAACGACGACCACCAUCACAGCAACUCCUCGUUACGGCGUGCGGAACAUGAGGAUCGAUGAGGAAACCACGUACAGUAUGCGGGUGGCCUGGCAGCCUGUGGACUCGAGGAAUGUUCGACAUUAUCGGCUGAGCUACAUCAGUACCAAGGGAGACCGGGCAGAGGAGAUGAGGACGGUGCCCACAGGUCAGACCAGCUUGGUUUUGCAGCCUCUGCUGUCAGACACAGAGUACAAAAUUGCCAUCACUCCUGUAUACCCUGAAGGAGAGGGACCAGCAGCGGCACGGAUGGGACGAACACUUCCUCUCUCGGCUCCUAAGAACCUGCGUGUGUCGGAGGAAUGGUACAAUCGCUUCAGGAUCAGCUGGGAUGUUCCCCCUUCCCCCACCAUGGGCUACAGGGUCGUCUACCAGCCCAUAUCUGCUCCGGGCCCCGCUCUGGAGACCUUUGUGGGGGAGGACGUGAACACCAUGCUGAUCGUCAACCUGCUGAGUGGGACGGAGUACAGCGUGAAGGUCAUCGCCUCCUACACCACAGGAUCCAGUGAGGCCCUUUCAGGGCGGGCCAAGACCUUGUAUCUGGGGGUGACCAACCUGAGUGGGUACCAGGUGAGGAUGACCAGUUUCUGUGGCCAGUGGCAGGCUCACCGACACGCCAGCUCCUACAGAGUGGUCAUGGAGUCUCUGCUCAAUGGUCAGAAGCAGGAGGCGAGGCUGAGCGGAGGAGCCAACAGACACUGUUUGAACAACCUGAAGGCCAACACGCAGUAUAAGAUGAGUGUGUACGCUCAGAUGCAGGAUGGCACUGAAGGGCCCGCAGUCACCAUCACUGAGAGAACAUUACCCAUCCCAACCCCAGCACCAACCACGCCCCCCAGCACCACACCGUUACCCACAAUCCCCCCUGCCAAGGAAGUCUGUAAGGCAGCCAAAGCAGACCUGGUGUUCCUGGUCGACGGCUCCUGGAGUAUCGGGGAUGAAAGCUUCCUGAAGAUCAUCCGCUUCCUGUACAGCACCACCGGAGCUCUGGACCGGAUCGGCCCCGAUGGAACUCAGGUGGCCAUCGCUCAGUUCAGUGACGACGCCAGGACAGAGUUCAAACUGAACUCGUACGGCGACAAGGAGCGACUGCUGGACGCCAUCAACAAGAUCUCCUACAAGGGAGGAAACACCAAGACAGGGCGCGCCAUCCAACAUGUGAAGGAGAACAUCUUCACGACAGAGGGGGGAGUCAGGAGGGGGAUCCCCAACGUCUUGGUGGUCCUCACCGACGGUCGAUCUCAGGAUGACGUCAACAAGGUUUCAAAGGAGAUGCAGAUGGAAGGCUACAUUGUGUUUGCGAUUGGCUUUGCUGACGCUGACUACGGGGAGCUGGUGAGCAUCGCCAGUAAACCCAGCGACAGACACGUGUUCUUCGUGGACGACCUGGACGCCUUCGCCAAGAUCGAGGAGAAGCUGGUGACCUUUGUGUGUGAGGCCGCCACUGCCACGUGUCCAUCAAUACCGAUGAGUGGCAGCACAACACCAGGUUUCCGUAUGAUGGAGCUCUUUGGGCUGGUGGAGAAUAAGUACAGCAGUGUCCCUGGCGUUUCCAUGGUACCUGGCACCUUCAACACCUUCCCCAGUUUCCACCUGCACAGUGACGCCUUCCUGGCACAGCCCACCAGGUUCAUCCACCCUGAAGGGCUGCCCUCAGACUACACCAUCACCCUGCUGUUCAGGCUGCUGCCCAACACUCCAGAGGAGCCCUUCGCCCUCUGGGAGAUCCUCAACAAGAAUAAUGAGCCGCUGGUGGGAGUCAUCAUGGACAGUAAGUAA